AUGGAACGCGGCGACCUCGAGCGCUGUCCAUCAACAGGAAACGCUAUGCAGCUUGAAUCUCAGCCAACACCAGAGGCACCGGUGCCAUCGCAAGAUCCCCAAAACGAUAAUCGAAACGAUGCUCAAGGCGCCGCUACUCCCAUGGCCAUGCAAGGCCUGCCUCCUCAAUUCCCUUCGCAUUUUGCCGAGAUAGUCUUCAUUGUCCUGUGUACAAUGGGCCAACUCCUAUUUGCCAUUUGUUUGGCAAACAUGUUUGUUGUGCAAAUAACACUGGUUGAGACACUACAGAUCAGCUCAUUGGCAGAUCUCUGGGAUCCCAAAUGGCUGAUGGUUGGUUCUUUCGUCUGGUUGACCAUCUGGAAUAUCGUUGGGUCUUUUUCUAUCCACCCAGGCAGGGCUGUACUAUUUUUCGUUGUGCGCGCUAUGAUCGGCAUUGCUAUUGGAGUUCUCUGUUCCACGGCGAUGAGCUUACUAGGUCGGAUCUAUCGGCCUGGGCUUCGAAAAAACCGAGUAUUCUCGGCGAUGGGAGCAAUGAUACCCCUUGGGUUUGGUAUCGGUGCGCUUCAAGGAGGUGCUUUUAAUGCACAUUUGCAGUGGAUCUUUGGUUCAACUGCAAUUCUAUCUGCCAUGUGCACAAUUGCAGCUCUAUGGUGUAUACCUUCUCUACAAAAGAGCCGAGAUCCCAAGCAGAGUGAAACGUCAUUUAAAGACUUCGACAUAUACGGAUCGAUUGUGCUUGUAGCGGGCUGCGGGCUUCUCAUAUUCGGUUUAACGCAAGGUGUUCCCUCUCAAUGGGCACCAUAUAGCUACGCGACGAUAAUCGUCGGCUUUCUCCUUCUGGUCGCCUUUUCCUUCGUCGAGAAUCAUGUCCGAAGGCCUCUGAUUGACAACCGUCUGUGGACUACCAAAGGGUUUGUUCCACUCAUGCUCAGUUAUUUCCUCGGAUAUGGUGCGUUUACGGGAGCCUGGUUGUUGUAUGCUGUACGUUUCCUCCUGACGGAACAGCACAAACAACCCAUUAUCGCAGCUUGCUGCUUGAUUCCGAUGACUGUCUCGGGCGUGGUCGCCAGCUGGGUCGUCUCUCGGACACUACAUAAAGUACCAGGACACUAUGUGUUGGUGGGUAGUAUGUUGGCAUUCGCAUGUGGACCCGCUUUUUUCUUACCGCAGACUCCCAACACGAUAUACUGGGCUUUUUCCUUCCCUUGUUUGCUGAUAGCCACCUUCGGGCCGGACAUGUCUUUCGCCGCUAUCUCCGUGUUCAUCACCUCUCGCGUCCCGAAUACUUUUCAAGGAGCCGCGGGUGGCCUGUUGAUUGCAGCUCAGAGCAUCUCCUCGGCUGUUUUCGCGGCCGUGGGAGACUCGAUAGGAGAGAAAGUGUCUAGCGGGGAGGGAUACAAUCUGGAUCUUCAUGCCAUGCGUUCGAUAUGGUGGUUCAGUCUUGCUUGCAGCAUUGUUGGCGGGAUGAUUUGUGCAAUCUUCGUGCGCAUUCCGAAAGAGGACGAAAAAGAGCAUUUACAUUAA